AACUAUAAAUCCUUCAUCAUUCGAAGGAAAACAACUGUAAAUCAUGGCAAACAUACUUGUUAUUUUGGAGGAGUGUUUUUGAGAGUCAAAUAAAAUCCAGAUUGCGUUUACGUAGCGCCUACUCCACGUGACUGGCGGUUUGGAAAAGUUGCUGUGAGGACCUGCUACUGCUCUUCCAUCGAGACAGCAGCUGUGGCGCGCUAGUAGUCUAGCACUGCGAGAGUUUGAGGCGCUCUGUCUUUCUUUGAAAUACGACUGUUGAACGAAAUUAGGCUACUUCUAUGUCAAAAAGGACAUGCUACCUUUUACUUUGAUUGGAUAACAGGAACGACUUUGCAAGUGAAAGUUCAUGGACUCACGUUGAUAUCCUUUGACUCUUGAACCACACGUGAAACAGUCGCCUAACAAGAAAGGAGAGCUGACGAACUCCUCUCCAUCAACCCUCUCUCUGCGACUUUCCCCCUCCCCCAAGAUGAGUGCCAAGUCAGCCAUCAACAAGGCGGUGUUCACGCCCCACGAUGAGAAGAUGCUUGCAGCCGUGCAGGUGAAGAGGAGGACCAAGAAGAAGAUCCCCUUCCUGGCUACUGGAGGACAGGGAGACUACAUGACCUUCAUCUGCCUCUCAGUGACUAAUAAGAAGCCUUCCCAUGUGUCCAUCACCAAGGUGAAGCAGUUCCCAGGUUCAUCGUCCUUCGCCAAGAGGUCAAUGUGGACCAUCGACCAGCUGAGACAGGUCAACGGCUGUGACCCCAACAAAGACUGUCCAGAGUUUGACUUGGCAUUUGACAAUGCCUUUGACCAGUGGGUGGCUGGCUCGGCCGGCGAAAAGUGCACCUUUAUCCAGAUCCUCCACCACACCUGCCAGCGCUACAGCUCUCAGAGCAAGCCAGAAUUUGUCAACUGUCAGUCCAAACUGCUGGGAGACGAUGAAACUGUAGAUUCAGUCGUUUUCCGUUGCAAGGUCUUUUUGAGCAGAAUGAGGAAAGAAGUUGUUUUAAACAGUCGACGCCAAGGUCGCCGGCUACUCUUAGAAGGUAACAGUAUACUCCACUCUGCAGCAGACAGUGUGACCAGUGCUGUACAGAAGGCCAGCCAGGCUCUGAACGAGCGAGGGGAGCGGUUAAGCCGGGCAGAGGAGAAAACAGGGGAGAUGAAGAACAGUGCUGAGCAGUUCUCAGUCACCGCACACAAGCUGGCCAUGAAGCACAAGUGUUAAACCAUUGCUAAGCCUUCGGGAGUAGGGGUCCGCCAAGAGCGCCAGACGCCAUUAAGGACAGAUUUCUGAUUUGAUUAUUCUUACAACUUUUAACAUGAUUACUCUUGUUAACAACGGUAACAUUUAAAUUUUGUGUUGUUGUGUAGCUACCUUGUUUCUAAUGAAGAAUAUAUGAUGACGUUGAGAGGGGAGAGCUCAGACAGUUAAGAGCAAAAGUUUCACAGCUAACUCCUCUUUCACUACCUCCAUUGCCCCCUAAGUACUCCAUGACUUUACGUAGGCACUGCCAUCCCCAACCUAGACAAACACACACACACACACACACACACAUUCCAGAUCCCCGAGAUUGGAUGAUGUGACACAUGCGUAUCACAUGAUGGCUAUUUCCUGUACUUGGGGACAACAAUGUACAUCCCUGUAUGUGAACAUUAACUUGUUAAAAAAAUGUUAGAUCUCUUUUGCCAUUUGACAUCACACUGUUGUAAAGGCUCAUUGGUGCAUUCAUUCAUUGCAGACAUAAUACUAGCCAAAUGUGUGACGGACAUGUUGCUUCAAAAACCUCCUGCUGGAAGACUAUAUUUCAACUAAGAUGGUAUGAAAUGUGCUGUUUUCCAACUAAAAAGUCUGAGUGACCAAAUGUUCAGGUGCAUGGUCUCUGUCAAAAGGUUGAAUGAAACCUACAGAGUAAAGACGAGCAUUUAGGCUUUACUUUUGGUAACAUUUCCGAAGGGUUAUUGAAGCACUUGGUUGUAAGAACAAGAUCAGACAUUUGUAAAUUAGCUUCAACUGUUAACAAGCUUAUAAACCUGUAAAUUCAUUCUACCACAAUCUCUGAAAAUAAUAUUUCCAUUCUAACUUGGUCACAUCUUGUAAUUCUUGUUUAAUUGGGGUUUAUGAAAUGUUUUCUGUAAAACAGCUGACUGACACUUCUUCACUAGCGGCAUUGUACAGUAUUGGUGUCCAUUCACUGACUGUGUAACCGUGGCUUCAUCACAAACAAGUAACCACCCACAGUGUGGGUAUGUUUAUUACUUUUAGAUUCUAUAUGUCUUGCUGUUACAGUGCACGGACAACCUUACCUUGCAGAGCACUGUUAAGUUCUUAAUGAAAUUCUCGUUGCCUCAACUUCUAGUCUGCUUUAGUCCUAACAUUUUGGAUAUUCAUUGUUUUUAAUAAAAAUAUUGAAACUAUGUAUUAUGGUUAUGAAAGUUUUGGGGGUUUUUGCUAGUGCAAGCCCCUUAGUUGGUCUCAGUGAAUACGUUUAUUAUCCUUCACUUUUCAUAGGACCAGAUGAGGUCUCUAAACAAAGCGCAAUGGUUUUUUAGCCUUUUUAAACAGUAUUUUAUUAGUUCUUCAACAGCAUGUGGUUUUACUUGAGCAGUCUGUGUUAUGACAACACUCGUGGUAACCCAGGCGAACAGUGCCUUGCUAUAUUGAUAACCAAAGGGAGAAAGUAAAGUAUGUUUUGUACCAGGUUUGAAAGAGGGUGUUGCUUAAGAUGUAUGGUGCUUGUUGGAAGUGAAUUGUGUGAGGAAUACAGAAGAAGAAAAGGCUGAAUAGGUGGUUAUUACAGAAUGAAUAGGUGGUUAUUACAGAAUGAAUAGGUGGUUAUUACAGAAUGAAUAGGUGGUUAUUACAGAAUGAAUAGGUGGUUAUUACAGAAUGAAUAGGUGGUUAUUACAGAAUGAAUAGGUGGUUAUUACAGAAUGAAUAGCUGGUUAUUACAGAAUGAAUAGGUGGUUAUUACAGAAUGAAUAGCUGAUUAUUACAGACAAACACCAUUAUUUUCAAUUAAACAUAUUGAGUUAUUUCAAAACAUCGGUCUCGUUGUCUAUCAGAUUGCAUACCAUCUAAAUAAAUAGAAAUUGUCUCAAGUCUCUCUUUACAUUUUUGACAAUGUUUUUUGUGUGGGGGGGUGCAUUUCACAAUAAGGCCAAUAGACUAGAAAAGUCAUGGGAAAGGCAAGGUGUGUAUAGGUAGUGGUAAGGAGUAGUGAACUGCAUGUAGUUUAACUAGUAAUUUAACUACAUUUUGCAGUAGCUUGGUGGUAGUUGAACUAAAUUCAAAUCUUGGUGGUGUUUUUAGUGUUUCCAUUACUUGUUUGCUAUAUAGUGGUGUAGUUAACUAAUGGAACUACACAAUACUUUUUUUGCCAGAAAUAAAAUAUAUUUAAAGUAGGCAAACAUUUUGUUUCUUUUUCAUCAGACCUGCCUAAUCACUGGAAACAUACUGUGUUUAAUAGUCUAAAUGACACAUUCAGUUAACACCUGACUCCAGAGUGAACUUGCAUUUUGUAGUCUGACAUUUCACAUUUAGAUGGUCAGUAUAUCAAAGUAGUUUGAAUGUAUUGAACUACUUUUUCAAAGUCACUUUCUUUAGUUAACUGAACUAUAUUUGUAUUAAGGGUAGCUUUAGUGUACAGUGCUUGGUAUAUUUUCUGAUAACUAUAUUCUCAGAGUUACUUCUCCAAUGCUAUAUACUGUAGGUCAUAUCCUGUAAUCCACUGCUUUACUGGGGUCCCUUUUUGUAAGAGCUAACAUUAUCACAAUGACACAGCAUGUGUGCAGGCUUAUGUCUAAACAUCUACACUGAAAAUAUAAACUCAACAUGUAAAGUGUUGGUCCCAUGUUUCAUGAAUUGAAAUAAAAGAUUCUUGAAAUUCCAAA